GAAAAGCUCAGGGAUCCGACGACAUGUGCCUUCAUGGUUGAGCCGAUUCAAGGUGAAGCCGGUGUCGUGGUGCCCGACGCGGGUUACCUCAAGUCUGUGCGCGAACUCUGCGACAAGCACAACGUUCUAUGGAUAGCCGAUGAAGUUCAGACGGGGCUUUGCAGGACGGGAAAACUUUUGGCCGUCGACCACGAGAAUGUCCGUCCAGAUAUCCUCAUCCUCGGGAAAGCCCUGUCAGGAGGGAUCUAUCCGGUCUCAGCCGUGUUGGCGAACGACGACGUGAUGUUGUGCAUCCAGCCUGGGGAGCACGGUUCGACCUACGGCGGGAACCCUCUGGCCUGCAGGGUAGGCAUGGCGGCCAUCGACGUCCUGCUCUCGGAGAAGUUGGCCGAGAACGCCGAGAAAAUGGGACAAGUCCUCAGGGCCGGCUUGAACACCAUCCCCAAGGACUUGGUCGUCACCGUUAGGGGCAAAGGCUUGAUGAACGCCAUCGUCAUUCAUGAAAGUAUCGAUGCAUGGGAUGUGUGUCUGAAGUUGAAAGAGAACGGUCUCUUGGCCAAGCCGACCCACGGCGACAUCAUCAGACUUGCACCCCCGUUGAACAUCAACGAACAGCAGCUCAACGACUGCGUCAACAUCAUCAAGAACACGUUGCUCAGCUACAAGAAGAAGUAGACCCGCACGUUCGCCCCAGAGAUCAAAGUUCAUCCCACCAAAGCUGCCAAGAGCCCUUGUCUCAGGAACAGUGGGUCCGAGGUCGAAACGUGAUCUGGGACGACAAGUCUCAAAUGCCUUCUUCCUAAGUUUUCGCGAAAGCUGACUCACCUGCC